GAUCUCGCCUCCAGCUCAUCUUCAGAUAUGAGGAAGAAACUAAAGUUAGAUGAUUCUAUGGUAGAUGAAGAGGUGGCGGGUGAUAGUCUUCCUUCACAUGCUGAGAAGGAGAAAUUUUUUCACAAUGCUAUGGCCGAGUGGUUCAUUGCUGAUGGGAUUACUCCUAAUAUUAUCAAUAGGAACCCCACGUGUGCCAAGUUUUUCAACUGCCUAAAACCGGAAUUUCCUCCUAGCGUUACUGAAGUCAAAAAGGAGGUUCUUGAGAUACACAAAGAAUGUAAAGAGAAGGCUAAGAGAUUUCUCAAGGGUUUUGAAGGGCAAUUAUCCCUCUCUUAUGAAUGGAUGGUUCUUAGCGAUAAAUGGUCCAAGGAUUACCUUAUAGACCCUAUCUUGCAUCAGGAUUUCGUCUGUCUGGCUGCUCAUUUCAUUGAUGACAACUGGGAGAUGAAGAAAUGGAUAUUGGGGUACACUACUGACCGGGAUGUACCUUUGGAAGUUGUUAGGGCGACCGUUCAGGAUUUCGAGAUUGAGAGCAAAGUCUCUACUCUUCUGUUGCCUACCUACUUUGAUCUUGAUGAAGUGCCUUUAGCUCCUUUCAGGAAAUGGAUUGAAGAGAGAGGGAGUAAUCAGAUCAACCCACGGGUUUCUUUCCUCUAUUGUUGCGCUGACCUUUUCCGGUUAAUGGUUGAUGAUGUUUAUAGUUGCUUAAGCGAGUCUUUGCUAGAGGAUGUGAGUUUGUUGGUUGGAUGUGGACCACUGUCACAUAUCAAUUGGAACAUCACUUUGUCUAAGCUACAACGAGCUGUAGAUAUGAAAUCUGAGGAUGAAUUCUCAAAGGACGAGGAUUACGAUGAGUUUGACAAACCAUCUGAUGAAGAUUGGUUUAAGAUUGAAACCUUUUGCAAACUCACUGGUUGCAUAUAUAAAGUGUCAAUAGAGCUUUUCAAGGGAGAUUAUUUGACAUGUAACGUCUUCUUCCACCUACUUUCUGAACUUAAAGUAAUGCUGAACCAAGAGCUCGCGAGUGCUGAUAAUGACUACUUCAUCGGCAAAGCUAAGCAGAUAUUGAAGAGGUUUGAUAGGUACUGGAAAAAGAUGUACCUGGUUUUGGCAACUGCUUCUGUAUUAGAUCCUCGGUUCAAGAUGAAGUACCUCGACUUUUACUGCUCAAAGAAGGAAGUUAAUGUUGAAGGUUCAAAAGCUGAAACUGUUUUGGACUAUUUACGCAAUCUAUAUGCUCGCUAUGCAGCUAACGAUACCUAUCAAAAACCAAUAUGCUUUGUUGCUCCAAUUGAUGAAGAAGAAGAAGAACAAGAUUACGGAUCUCCAAGAGAGCUUCAAGAAUCAGAGAUUGAUUCCUACCUCAAAGAACCGGUUAUAGAGUGGAACAAAGACUUCAAAACACUGGAAUGGUGGAGACAAGAAGGCAAAAAGUAUCCAAUACUCUCCCGAGUAGCACGUGACAUUCUCUCCAUUACAAUCUCGCGUGCCGUAUCGCAGGAUGCCUAUGUUCCAGACAAUCGAGAGCCUCCUGAUUUUGUUCUUUCUUUGGAACCCAAAAUUACUAACGCCAUGAUGUGCAGCAAAAACUGGUUAGGCCUUUGA